AUGCUGUGUCGCCAUUCCGCUACCGCUACUGUUCCUUUCGUUCUCUUCUCGCAGAGCGACAUGCCCCCGACUAGCGACGAAGGUGACGAUCGCUUUGACGUGGCGCACCAGUAUGGCAGUCACCCACUUGGGCCUGCCGGUUUGCUUCGGUCUGCGCCUGCCACAAACUCCAGUUUACCCCGGAACUACCAACAGACGGCGCCCAACCCAGAUUUAGGCCCUACAUACGGCAACGUCUCCUGCCCUAUGCGUCCAGAUCCCCAAGCGCCUGUUCAUAUCAUCAGGCUUCUCACCCCUGGCCCUGGUCACCCCGCCUUCAUGCUUCCCGGCGCAGGAAGGAUCCACGAUGCCUCCUCUGCCAUGUCCCGAGAUACGUCCAGCCAGAGUCUUGCCCUGACGCCCUCACCUUCUGAAUCCCAUGCCGUAAUACCGGGCACGUCGACAGUGGGGAGCAAAGCGGCAGACGCAAGCGUCGACGAAGAUAAGGAUCCAGCCGACGCGGAUCUGUUCCUCAGACACGUGCCACAGAGCACAUUGUCUGAUUAUCAUCCGCGAAGAACCACUGGGGGUGAUUACGGGCCCUUGCGUGAGCUUGACAUAGGAACUCACGAUUCCUCUGAACGCAUUUCUCCCUUUGCUAGGAUUCGAAAGCUCUACAGGCAGUAA